AUGGUGGAUUCAGGAGGAGCCUCUCCGUCAAACGCGGUAGUAAUUAGAGAGGGUAGUUCGUUCUCCCAGUUUCAGUGUCCUAUUUUAAAGUCUACAAAUUAUACGGUAUGGGCAAUCCGUAUAAAAACCAUUUUGAGGGCAAACGGAUUAUGGGAAAUGAUAGAACCAAAAGAAAAUACGCAAGCGGAUGAAAAGAAGGAUAUGAUGGCGACCGCUUAUUUAUUUCAAGCACUACCGGAAGAUAUGAUAAUACAAGUUGCAAGUUGCAAGAGUGCAAAAGAAAUUUGGGAUGCAUUAAAGACUAGACACGUCGGUGCAGAUCGAGUGCAAAAGGCACGUCUUCAAACGCUCAAAACAGAGUUUGAGAUGUUAAAGAUGAAGGAGGAAGACACUAUCGAUUCGUUCACUGCAAGGCUAAAUAGCAUUGUCACGAGGGCAAGUGGUCUUGGACCAACUUUUGAUCAACCAACUUUAGUACGGAAACUUCUGAGUUCUGUACCAAAAAGGUUCGUUCAAAUUGUUGCAACCAUUGAACAAUUCGCUGAUUUAGAAACAACAACGCUAGACGAGACAAUUGGAAGAUUAAAAGCCUAUGAAGAAAGGACCGGUUUGGUGGAUGAAAACCCGGCAUAUAAUCAAGAGAAACUUAUGUAUACGCGACGCGACAAGAACUAUGGUCGUGGAAGGCGUUUUGGGAAGAAUGGACAAGGAAGGUUCAACUCAUCGCAAGACAAAUGGCGUGAUGGAAAGUUCAAACAAAAGAUGAUGAUGAAGAUUCAUCACAUGAUGCUUACAAGAAUAGAAGCAACCAAAGGAAAUUGUCCUGAAUCAAAUCAAAGAGGAGAAGAAACAAAUCUGGUACAGGAAGACGAGGAACCAACUCUCCUAAUGGCAAUCAAAGAAGACUGCAAUGAUCUACUUCAACAAGCGCAUGAUGGCAAGCAAGACAUGGAGAAAGAUCAAGGUGCAACUUAA